GUGGGAAUUUAAAGACUUGCACUAACAAAAAGGGCUGUGCGUGUGUGUGUGUGUGUGUGUGUGUAGGACAAGCAGGCACUCAUCUGCACUUUGUUUCGAGUGUACACCGUGUGUAAUAUUUGACUCAUAAUCACUAUUGUCACCACAUACACACGCAAACAUACUGUAUAUAUACAGUACCAACAUAGCACAAAGCCCAAGGCCAGAACACCAGUGAGUCACACUUGGCUGUUGAAGUGUUCCUUCAGUAAAAAAAAAAAAAAAAAAAAAGAGUUUGACGUCAUCAACCUUCAUCAGCCAAUUAUAGCAACAUGCUAACUGUUUUCUUUGCCUGCAGGUAGCUGCUGGAUGGAGGCGAGGUGCAGGAAAAGUCAGAUAAUUCAAACACUAUUAAGUCACUUUAUGCUUCAGUGUGUCCGAGGGCGGUCCAAUACAUGAGCUGUCAUGUUUUGUCAGAUUAUUAUGGGCAUGCCUACAAUGCAAGCUAACAUUAUUGUUCAUACUUAUGUGUUAUAUCUUAUUGGUUAGGGUUUGAGUUCCAUCCAUCCAUCCAUUUUCUAUGCCGCUUAUCCUCAUUAGGGUCAACGUUUUUGUCAACGCUAAUGCAUCAUACUGGUCUAAUGUGGGGAGUGCAACUACUGCGACGUAGCGGUCCGUGAUGACGUCACACGCUCCCUUCCACAGACACUGGACUGGACGGCAAAAAACUAUCCCGGAGAAAGCCAACCCCCCAGUAUCAGCACCACUAGCCGGAUUCAAGAGGUCCAGUCAUGGGAAACUGCCAGCCCACCAUCGUGCCCUACGAGGAUUUUGACGUCCACGCCGACAUCAAGGCCAUCCGCAAAGCCUGCAAAGGACUGGGAACCGACGAGCAGGCCAUCAUCGACAUCCUAGCCAACCGCAGCUCUGAUCAACGUCAGGAAAUCAAACAGGCGUAUUAUGACAAAUAUGACGACCUGGUCGAUGUCCUGAAGAGCGAGCUGUCGGGUAACUUUGAGAAGGCCAUUCUGGCCAUGCUGGACCCGCCCAUCGUUUAUGCCGUCAAGGAGCUGAGGAGGGCCAUGAAGGGGGCGGGCACGGACGAGGACGUGCUGGUGGAGAUCCUCUGCACCGCCACCAACGCGGAUGUCGCCAUGUUUAAGGAAUGCUACUUUCAAGUGCACGAGCGUGACCUGGAAGCAGACAUCGAGGGCGACACUAGCGGCGACGUCCGAAACUUGCUCAUGGCUCUUCUGCAGGGCAACAGGGAUGAAAGCUACGAGGUGGACGAGGCUCUUGCGGAGGAGGACGCCACCUGUCUCUUUGAGGCUGGCGAGGGCCGAUUCGGAACCGACGAGUCCACCUUCAGCUUCAUCCUGGCCUCCAGGAACUACCUGCAGCUCCAGGCCACCUUCAAGGUGUACGAGCAGUUGUCUGGCACCGAAAUUCUGGACGCCAUCGAGAGCGAGACUUCAGGCACCUUAAAGAGAUGCUACGUCGCUCUCGUGAGAGUCGCCAAGAACCCGCAGCUGUACUUUGCCAGACGUCUUCACGAUGCCAUGAAGGGGGCGGGGACUGAUGAGGACACGCUCAUUCGCAUUAUUGUGGUCCGCUCUGAGUAUGACCUGGAGACCAUCAAAGACCUCUACCUGGAGAAGUACGACGUGUCCCUGAAAGACGCGCUGAAGGGCGAGUGCAGCGGCGACUUCAAGCGCCUCCUGUUGGCCAUCUGCCACUGAGGACGCUUCACCGCCGCCGCACACCAUGUGAUGUUAGGUUACUGUGUUGUGUUCUUUUUUUUUUUAACCUCUGACCCCGACACUGAAAAUCUGUAGCUACUAACCAACUGAUCCCACGUCAGUUUUUUAACCAUUUUAGGGAGCCGGGUGGUGACUUUAAGGACUGUGAUUUUACUGUAAGGGAGUUUAAAGGCAUGGACGUAUGAGAGAGUUGGAUGCAGCACAAUAACAAUCGCAGACAACUCCCGACGAUGGCCAGUGUGACAAAGGUCAAAGGUCAGUUCUUUCACUGUGUUGACUUCUGUCCGUCAUCUGGAGGCCAGUGUCUUGCCUCCAUUUUACAUCCAUGACCUUUUUUUUGUGUACUACUGCAACAUACACUGAUCUACCGAUGUGUUUGUAUUAUUCGACUACUUGUGUCUCCGCUGUUGUUGAUUAUAAACAGUAAUCACUCCUUGUGGCUUGAAGGAGCUCAAAUGUUGCUGGACAUCCCAGUUUAUCCAGUUUUUAUCCAUUUUAACCGGUUUAUUAAGCCUAAAAGACCUGAAGGUACACAACAAACUGCCACUUAAGCAGCAAAAUAACCUGAUACUAUAAUAUAAUAUAAUAUGAUAUAAUCAAAUGCUGCUUUUUUAAAAAAAUAAUACUUGAAUCAAAACUGGACAAACUGGAGAUUUACUCAACAUUGGGCCAGUGACAUGGUUCGCGUACGCAAAGUAAAUUGAACAUAAUUUCUGUGUAUUGAUUUACAGAAUGUUUUUUUUUUCCUGUCCAAUAAUACACGUAGAAACACUUGACAAACACAACUACACCUCACUUUAUAUUAUAUUUUUAUAUCCUAUGACUAACAGCUAGAGUAUUAAAUUAAUGUUAUUAAUAGUAUAUGAAUAAUAUAGGCCAGCUCAUUGUGUAACAUUUGAACAUGUAUGUGUCCGUGGCAGCUGCGGUGUGUUCAAAUACAACUAAUGCAAUCGUGUGAUGAUCGUAUCAGCACUAAUAUUAGCUUAAGAGUUAAAAUAUUGUAUGCCUUGGUAUAGCUAAGCAAAUGUAGCAUUA